CCCCCAGUAAAAAGAGCCACGGGCGGUCUAACAUGGCAGACGGCUCGGAGCACGUGCUGCGUCGCAUGCAGCCCUGGCCGCCGGUGGCAAUUCUGCAAGCAAAGCGUAGUUGGGAAGGAGGAGGAGGAGGAAGAGGAGGAGGAGGACGGAGGAGGAGGACGAGGAGGAGAGAUCGCUGGGAUUGGGGGGAAUAAAAAAACGGCUGCACCUCUGGACUGCAAGUUCUGGCGUCAGCACAGCCGCAAACAUGAAUCCGAGGUCCGCGCUGCUAAGACAGGUCGGGCGCUGUCGAACCUCGACAGGAGGAUGAUGAAGGAGUGGAACCGCUGCUCAGGCAGGAAGGAGGAUGCAGAAGAGGUUUGCCGCAGCCAGCUGCCCGAAAGGCUCCAUGCCCAGCAGAAAAAAAAGGUUUGUAUGACGAUAGCGCGCCGCCUCCCCCGCAGGCGCACGCGACUAUUUCAAGCAGCACGUGCCGCGAGUGCCAGACGACACGCAUCAGCAAAAUCACGCCUUCGACGUGGCGUGCACCUAUUCUCUUAUACUGACGCCUACUGAACAGGACCUGACCAGACCCACCGGGCGACGCGGCGGGCUCGGGCUCCCUGGGAAGGGCGCGGAGAACCAGGAUGCCCAUGGGGAGUCAGGACCCACCCGUCGGCUGCACGCAACAACACAGUGCUUAGUGACCCCGCCAGCUCGCGCUGAAGUCUCCUCGGCAGCUUGCGUCUGCGGCAGGCUUGGCCAGUAUACCGAGAGCACUGCGCAGACGCGUCGUCCGUAGCCUGUGGCGUCAUCAUGUGCGCGUGGGCAUACGGCCAAACUGAUCACGAAGGUGCGCGCGAAGCAGGGAUGCAAGCCCCCGGGACGCCCGUGCUGCAGCCUCUUCGAGCGCGGCGGGCCCCCGGGAGUAGUCGAGGCUGGACACGGAUUCGAGGGUACUCUUUUAGCUGCCGGGGAGGCGAGCGCGGGGAGACCGCGAGGGCGCCCAGCCUCUCCGGCGCGCGCCGGCCCUGGUGCCGAGCCCGGCGGGCGCCCUCGCGAGGCGACGGCGCCGGGAGCUCGAAGGCGGCGGAGGGCGGCUGGCACAUCCUGCCAGCGCCCAUGAC